GGCUGAUGCUGUGAGUGGAUCGGGCGAGCGGCUGUAUUGUGUUUUCGUAUGAAGGGUUUGAGGAUUUGAGCUUAAAUAUUCAAAAUGGCGGACGGAGUAGCAGCGAGUCAAGAUGAGAGUUCAGGACCAGAUUCUAGAAUGAGUAAUCCAUCAGAAACGAGUAAAUGUGCAAUGGAGAGCGGGGACAAAAACGCUGGUGCCCAAACAAAUGGACUGGACUUUCAGAGGCAGACUGUGCAAACAACAAGCGCAAUCACCAACGCACACGCACAGGCCUUGCUCCAACAGUUGACACUGACUCCAGCUCAGCAGCAGUUAUUGUUGCAGCAGGCUCAGGCUCAGCUGUUAGCAGCAGCCGUGCAACAUUCGGCCGGCCAGCAGAGCAGCACUACAGGAGCCAGCAUCUCUGCCUCCGCUGCCACCCCCAUCACCCAGAUCCCCCUCUCACAACCCAUCCAUAUCACACCUGUAGAAUAUAACAAUAAACAACAAUUCAACACGUUACAGUAUGCAGUUACAUCUAUGAAUAUGAAGCAGCAGUUACAGCAGCUGCAACAGCAGCAGAACCUUAACCUGCCGCAGUUUGUACUUGUCCAGCCGGGCCACCACAUCGCAACUCAGCUGCAGCCCGCUCAGUUCAUCAUCUCCCAGACGCCACAGGGCCAGCAGAGUCUCCUGCAAGCCCAGAACUUUCUAACUCAACUACCUCAAAGCCAAGCCAACCUCCUGCAGACCCAGCCAAGCAUCACACUUUCCACACAGCCUGCGACACCAACACGCACGAUAGCAGCGACCCCCAUCCAAUCCCUCCCUCACAGCCAGACGACACCAAAGCACAUUGACACACCCAGCCUGGAGGAGCCCAGUGACCUGGAGGAGCUUGAGCAGUUUGCCAAGACCUUUAAACAGAGACGUAUCAAACUGGGCUUUACACAGGGGGAUGUUGGCCUUGCAAUGGGAAAGCUUUAUGGAAAUGACUUCAGCCAAACCACCAUUUCUCGCUUUGAGGCCUUGAACCUGAGCUUUAAAAACAUGUGCAAACUGAAGCCUCUGCUUGAAAAGUGGCUCAAUGAUGCAGUUUGUGCAGAAAACCAGACGUCUGACCAGGCCCUGUCCAGUCCCAACUCUCUUGGCUCACCUGGGCUGGGCAUAGAGGGCCUGAAUCGUCGCCGCAAGAAAAGGACCAGCAUUGAGACCAACAUCAGAGUGGCCUUAGAAAAGAGCUUUCUGGAGCAGAACCAAAAACCUACCUCUGAGGAGAUCACCAUGAUCGCGGACCAGCUCAACAUGGAGAAAGAGGUGAUUAGAGUAUGGUUCUGUAACCGCAGACAGAAAGAGAAGAGGAUCAACCCACCCAGCAGUGGCUGCACCGCUAGCACCCCCAUCAAAGCAAUCUUCCCUCCCAAUACACCUCUGGCACUGAGUACAGCCAGUCUUGUGACCAGUAACACACCGACUACGAUGACUGUAAGCCCUGUUUUGCCUCUCACCAGCACUAGUGUCUCCAGCAUCGGUUUUACUGGCACAACCAUUGGCUCGGCCACAAAUAACACUGCAUCUGUUAUCUCCACUACACCUGUGGUCACCACCGCAGCAUCCUCUCCUUCGCUCAGCCCUUCCUCCACCACACCACAGAUGUCCUCUGCAGAGCAGACUUCGUCUCAGGGGACAUUCAUGGCAGUAAGUCAGGCACCCUCCUCCCUGGCAUCCACUCUGGGCAGUGGGCAGGUGAUGGUGGCGGCAUCCAACCUCUCAGCUGCUCUGCAAGGAGCCACCCAGCUGCCUACCAGUGCUAGCAUCGCUGCCAUGGCUGCUGCUGCAGGCCUCAAUCCUGGGCUUAUGGCAUCCUCGCAGUUUAAUCCUGGUGGGGCUCUUCUGAGUUUGGCACCUGGUGGUCUAGGGAGUGCUUUGAGUCCAGCACUGAUGAGCAACAGCACCUUGGCCACGAUCCAAGGUGUGUGGAGCGCUCUGGCAUCUAGUGGCUCUCUGCCCAUUACAUCUCUGGACGGGAGCGGAAACUUGCUGUUUGCCAACAGCAGUGCAGGGAGCACCCCAAACCUUGUGACGACACCCCUCUUUCUGAACCCCCAGAACUUGUCCAUGCUUGCCAGUAACCCGAUCAGCCUGGUGUCUGCAGGAGGGGCCGCAGGUGCUUCUGGAGCCCUCAACCUGCAUAUAACCGCCGAUGCCCACCAGAACGCUGUUACCACGGCAACUAUGCCUGCCUCCACCAUCACCACGGCCUCUAAGGCCCAGUGAAAGCUUUACCCACUCUUCUCCUCUUCUUAUAACUUUCCUUUUCAUCGUUUUUUCUUUAAUCUCUUGCUACCACCAAAAAUACAAACCCACUAAAAAGGAUUCAAUGUUAUUUUAACGUUUGUUCUAACUUUUCACAUAUCUUUUGGACUUUAACCUGUCAGGUUGACUUCAGCAAAUCAACCAGAGAAUAUUUGCAUCUCAACAACGCUUGCAUCAAGAGAGCAGAAGUCUCCCUGGACAAUGUCUGUGUGAUGCAAAAGCAUAUUUGGUUUUGCGAAACUAAUUUCGCUCGGUCUUUGCGCCCAUUUUAACAUUAUAUCUUCAUCUCUCUUUUUCAGAGAUUCUUCUGAAAUGCUUUUAACCAAAAAACUUUGUUUACUCUGUGUUCAAUGAUUUUAACUGCAGACACUUACCCUCUUCUUCCUCACCACAGAAAAAGGACAUUGUUUCUCUGUUCUCUUUCCAGUGGAGAUUCUUCUUUACAGGCCUUUUUUACGAUGUUGCUGUCUCUCUUGAACUUCUCCUUUUGGAUUCACAUGGUUUAUUUUUGAUCAAAAAGUGGGUUAGCUUUAUGUCCUAUAUCUUACUAACUUGUGGUUACAAGGCUUUAAUGGAGUAAUAAGUGGCUGUGUUGCGGUUUCAAUGCUUUAAGGAAUCGUUCAACUGGCCUUUCUUUCUAGAAACACUUCUAGAAUUAGUUUUUAUUUGUUUUUCGUAGUUUACUCGGUAGCAGAAGUUUAUAAACUGUACUUUAGUCUGGGUCUGAAUCCUGAUCCAGUCGCGGGCUUACUUUAAUACUAAAAGCUUUAAAAGAGUUAUGUCAUGAUCCAUUAAGGAGGAUUUGUUGGAUCAGUGAUUGAGCAGUACAUUGAGGCCUCAGUAAUUUUAAACCAAAAGGAAAUCAUGUACUGAGAGAUCACAACUCUUAGGGGCUGUUCACACCGACCAUGUUUUUGCAUCCAUAUGCGCCAUUUUCCUAUUUGUUUUUCUUUAUAAACAUUUAGUAGACGGACGUCUUUGUGUCUCGUGGUUGUUUCAGGACACGUUUUCUUUAGAAGGCAUGUCAAGUAAAAAAAGAACUUCAACUGUUAAAAUGUGUCUGCUCUGUUCUAUUAGUGGUGUCAUGCAGAAUGUGUUCGGUCUGAACUGCCUCUUAUGUUACUUGGUGUCAGGACUGUGUAACCACGUAAGGUAAACCUCCUUAAGGUCUUCCUAACAUGGGAUGAUUGUGAGGGUGUGGUUAAGCGAGAGAAAGUUGAGGUGGAUGGCGUUCACAUUUCAGAGAGUGGAGAAUUGCAAAGUGAGUUCUCUGUCCAGAAAUGUGUUUUUAUUUUUUUUUUAUUAUUUUCUACUUGUGCAAAGUAUCUGUACCAAAAAAACUGGAUUUUAGAACUGAAGUCUGCUUGGUUUUUAGCAGAACUUCUGUCACGCUUUAAGAGGUCUUUAUUUUGGAGGUCUUUCUAUUGCCUCUCUCAAGAUAUACCAAAAAUCUUUGUUAUACCUGUUGCUGUAUAUUGCUAUUGUAGCGUAGUUUAAGCUUAAAUAUUUAUGAGCAAAGGCUUUCGGUAGACCACAGGAAAUAUGAUAAUGCAAUAUUUUGAAGAUCUUUUCCAAAGACAAAAACAUAAUUAUUAUUUUUUUUCCUCUUUCUUUCUGUUGAGAUGGCUGUCCCUCCUCAAUUUUGUAGUGUCAGUCAGCACAACUAACCAAAUAGAUCACGAUUGAGGGGAGAGCAGGACUUGGUACUACACUGAGGAUAGAAAGUACCAAUGUGAGGACAGUGAUGGUCAUUGGUAAGGACUUUGAAUGAGUGAGAUACAAACAAGUAUUGUGAAGUCUCCCUCCCAUUCUGUUCAAAUAUUUUAAAACUGUAGAGGUGUGGCGGAUGUAAUGCCACUGUGAAGCCCUACAGGCUUCUUUUAAUAUCCCUUUUCUGUAGUUACAAGGUGACAGACUCAGUCCUCCCUAACCUGAAAUAAGGAACAUCGCUUAUUCACAGGGUCCAGGACACUUUUUAAUGGUUGGCCCCCCUUUUCACAGGCACAAGUAGCCUAUUCCAUAGAGGACAUUAGACAGGGCCUGUCUGAAAUAUCCAUCAUAAAGGUGGGACAGGAGCAAAAUUAGGAGUUUUAGCUGGAUGGUCGCUUUGUUUUUUCCUACCAAUGUAAUGCAGCCAUGAUGUAAAGCUUGAACCAAAGUCGUUUUCAAACUAGCUGCUGUGCCUGUGUGGACCAGUGCAAUACUGACCACACUUUCACUACUCACUACUGACAAACUUUACCAUCUAUUACACUUCUUUUUAAACCUUCCCUUUCAUGACAUUAGCCAACAAAUUGUGUUCGGCUUUGUAAAGAAACAUAGCCUAUCUUGCUUUGCGCUGACUUGCUUUAGCUUUUGAUAUCAAAGCAUUUUAUGAUCCAAAGAGAAUCUUAAGGGCCUUGUAUUUAAGUGCUGUUGAGAUUUUGGGAGCCUUUGUCCUUCAUUUUAGGCUUUGUUCUUAUUGGCAAGUCUUGAUUUAGAUUUGACUUUGUAGGGCUCAACACAGAUGCUGUACUGGUGCUGCCAGAACAUAGCAUUUUAAUGAAUGAAUAGCAAUAUAAAUAUCAAGAGUCCUCCUACACUUGAUGUAAUGUUCAGACGAACCUGUGGAAGUACAAUAGGCCCUGAAACAUUUGAUGGUUCUCUCUCAUAUAACAUGAUUUGCAUUUGGAAGAAGGUGGACAUCAAGCAUAGCAUUGGUACAUUGUCUAGACUUCUGGUUUUAUGUUACAGAACAAUGCAUGUGGGCAUACUGGGAGAAUUACAGUAGUUUUUCCUCUGUAGCCUUCCUCUAAACUCUUUUGCAUUUGAAUAAUGUCGCAAAGAGGUCAGAGUUUCCCCCGUUGUCCCUUUUUGUUACUGUGGCACUUUGUGUCAGUUUUUGUUAUGACUCUAAUGCUAAUUGUGUUUUUGUUAAUAUGAUUUGAAAUACCUCAGCAGCACUUACAUGGAAGGUUCACUUUAAGGGAAAGACACCAACAGUCAAGUCCAGAAUGUACAAAAGCUGUGUUUAACAGUCCAUUUUUAAAUGAUUAAAAACAUGUUAAUGUUACGCAUUACAAGCAAAAUAUAUCAGAAAAAUCUGUAAUAAUGUCUCUCUACUACUGCUAUUUCAAGUACUACUACUUAAAGGGUAUCUCCAGGUUAACUAACUUGGAAUUAAUAUUUUGUUAUCCUACUUGCCAAAGUAAAAAAGGCCUUUGCGGCUGGGUUGAUGUCUUGUUGCUGCUCAUUCCACUGGAAAUUUCAAAGUAGCCUCUCUGGACUUGCAAAUUUACGUGUUGUUUGCGUGUUUGUGUCAUGACCCGGUGGCACCGGGACUGUGGGGAGUUACUGAUAUAUUUAUCUGAGGAAUGACUCGAAAGAUUAGAGAGAACUUCUUCUUUUCUAAAUUCUAUAUAUAUUCACUUAUGUAAGAUGCUCAUAUUUUAUAUUUGAACCAAUAUCUAGUUUGAAUGUAGUGUUUUUGUCAUGCUUAUUCACUAAAAGAAAAAAGAAGAAAAAAAAUACAUUUAUAUUCUGGGGGGGGUUAAUGUUACGA